AGAUCGUCGUUGUUGUCACUCAGGAUCGUUGAAAAUCUCGCUAAUUUCUUCCCCAAAAUAUUCUUCUUCUUCUUCUUCUUCUUCUUCUUCUGUGUGAUUUAGCGACUGUAAUCCCAGAAUGGGUGCAAAAGCGCGUUCUCAGGAGGCCUCAGAUCGGGAAAAAUGGGAUAAAAUCUUUAACGGGUUGGUUAAAAUGCUGCAAUCGCAACAAGAACAGCUUCAAACUCUCGUAGAAGAGAGAAAAGUCUUGGUGGAUCGCCUUAGAAUGCAGCAGGAACGGUGGGAAUCUGAUUUUUCUCUCUAUGAAGAUCACAUCUCUCGGAUGAAGCGCAAUUUAGAAGCCAAAGAGAUGGAAUGCUUGGUUGAGGCAUCAAAAGGAGAAUUCCUGGUGGGUAUGAAGCAGAAAGAGGCUUCUCUUUGCAGAUGGAAAUUAGAGGAAGCAGAGGAUUUUUUGGGUGAUUUUAGAGUCUGGUUCGACUUCCUUACUAAAACUCCAAAAGAUAUUUCUCAAAGGAACCCCACAGAGACUAACGAAGGAGUAGCUGCGGGCAAGGAUAGCAGCUCAAUAUCUGGUAGUUCUGGGAAAUUGGAAGGCAACGUAAGAGGAAAAGAGCUUGAAUAUCAAAAUACUACUUCGGAAAAAAGUUCUCAGAUUUCUGCACUUCUGUCAGAGAAUAAGUUUGUGUGGAAUCAAUAUAAUCAUCUGGAAAGUGUGCUUACCGAUAAAUUACAGGGCAAGCAUGCCAAACUGAAGGAAGCAAACAAGAAAAUUGAGGCACUCGUUUCCAGUAUGGAAGAGAUGAAGUCGUCUAAUAUUGAAAAGGAUAAAAUAAUUGAGAGAUUAACAGAUGAAGUGUCUCAAAAGGAGGCUGAUUUGAACAUAUUAAAGUCCAGAAUUGCCUCUGUCACACCCAUGUUAACACGUUGCAAAGCUAGAGGAAGCAGGGACGAAAGAAAUGGUGUCAAGAAAGCAUCAUCUGCUGAUCAAGUCUCUGAUACUUUGAAGAACAGCGAUAAGGGAAGCAAAGAUUCGAAGAGAAGAGUGGAUGAAGUUGUUUUCAUUGACGAAACUCCAAGUUUGUUCUCAUCUACGUUUAAAGUUCCCAAAUUGAAGUCAUCUCGUUUAAAAUGACCCUCAAGCAUCCUUGUGUGUUUGUAUCCUGUGUAUAUAAGUUCAAACAGGGCUAGCAAUUCAUGGAUAUAUACCAGUUGUUGUUUAUUGAGGCUUCUGCAGUAUAUUGGCUAUUGAUGUAUUUUUUGUAUUAUCUGGCUAUAUAAUGAAAGUUUAUUACCUUGGAAGAAACAUCCUUGUAAAUU